GAAUCUUUCCGAUCCAUCCAGUGUGCCAUGUGGUUUCACGCCGAGUCCACCGUGGUUUCACGUCGACUUCAGCGUUUCUCCACGUCGAACCGCUUUGGGGAACUGCCCAGCGCACCCUCAAGUCUCGCUUCUGGCCGGUCAGCAUGCAACUGGAUGAUGUCAUGGAAGAAGGCAGCCUGAAGUCGGCUGGAUCUCUUUCUCCAGGAUCUCGAAACUCCAGAAGUGCGCUAUCUUCCACUCCUAAGGCCAAGAAGAAGAAGAAGCGAUCAAGAGAUCGUUCCUAUUCCGAUCCCGACGCCUCCGGCGAGUCCGAGGAUCAGCUGUCCAGGAGCGGUUCAAGUGCCAGCCUUGGAAGUAUUGCCAUCAGUCCAGAUGUGGCUGGCAGAAGGAGAUCGCAGGUGAAUCCCGCCUUGGGCGACUUUAUCAAAGCUGGGACCAAGCCGAUCGUGUCCUCCUUGUCAGAACAUCAAUCCAGGGGAUGGAUCAUGGCGAGGAUUUGUGCCGUGGCGCACUCUUUGAUAAACGACAAUUAUUUGGCCAAUGUGACUGCAAUUGUUGUCUUGUUUGAUGCAUGGCUCACUUGCUACGACAUUGAUGCCAGAGCAGCAAGUAUUACAGACCCUUUGAUUACAACCCCAACUGUGGUGUCUGUCGCAUCUGAUUUAUGCUUGGUGGUGUACACUUUGGAGCUGAUCUUGUUCUUCUCAGUGCGUGGAAUUUGUGUCAUGAAGACCUUGUGGAGAGACUUUCUCUUCAUGGUGGAUCUGGGCGUGCUCGUGUGCGGCUACGCUGAGUUGAUUCUCAGUGCUUUGGGAAUGUUUGAUGCCAUGACACGGGUCGGGAUGCUGCGAUUGCUGCGGGUCGCAAGAAUACUGCGACUCACGCGGAUUCUUCGCAAGAGCGCAUCGCUCAAGGAGCUUCGCCGACUGCUGACAAUGAUGGCAACCUGCAUGAAAGCACUGGCAUGGUCUUUUCUGAUUUGCUUUGGAGUGAUGAGCUUCUGGGCAAUGCUGAUGGUGGAGAUGGUCUAUCCGAUCAUCUGGGAAUUGGGCCCGGAGAAGUUCCCCGACUGCGGUGAGCUUUGUGUGGAUAUCACCGGCUCCGUCAUGAAUGCAAACCUGCUGCUGUUCAAGACAGUCAUUGCAGGUGAUAGUUGGGGAGAGAUCGCGGUGCCCGUGAUUCAGGCCUAUCCCGCCACUGCGAUCAUUUUUGUUGGAUCUCAACUCACCCUGGUCUUCGGCGUGUUGAAUUUGAUUGUAGCCGUGGUCGUCGACACGUUUGCUGAAGCUCGCGCCCAUGACGUGCUAAAUCUGGCAGAGGAAAUGGAGCAAGAAAUGGUGACUGACAAGAAGUCCUUACAGAAAAUCUUCGAUCGAAUAGAUCACGAUCACAGUGGAACGGUGACCAUCGACGAACUGGUGGAAGGAGCUCGGAGAGAUCCUGAGUUUCAAAGCAGACUACAAGUGAUGGACAUCGACGAGGUGGAUCUCCAACAGCUCUUCGAGAUGAUCGACACUGAAGGCUGUGGUUAUGUGGAAGCAAGACAGUUCAUUGGACCUCUGAGCAGAUGGGUGCGAGACUCCAAGACUGCACCUCGGUUUGUCAAGUACAAUUUGAUGCGGAUGCUGAAUAAGCAUGAUGAGUUUGUGAAAUCAGUAGAUAUUCGAUUUGAGUUACUGGGUCGAAGACUGGAUGAGAUGAUGGAGGAGAUUCUGUAUUGUGGCAGGAUGGAUAGCCAUGCCGAGUCUUCCGAAGACAUGACUCCAGUCCAGCGAGUCGCAGCGAAGCGGCACAGUCACAGCAAGAUGACUCCAACAGGCUCACACAGCUUGCAAAACCAAUUCCGGCAGUUCCGGGCGACGAAGGCCCAGGGUGCUGCAGAAGAAGACGAGGCUGUGGAGCAGCCACAGGCGUCCAGUAGACCGACCUUCACGACCUUAAGAGGUCCUGGUGAUGAGAUUAUGCACUUGGAACACGAGUUGGCCGAAUCUUUCAGAUCCGCCAUGGAGGCCUUGCAGAAGUCUGUGAUGGAAUCGAUGAGUACUCUGAAGCGGAACACCAUCGUCACGGAGUCAACCGUUCACGAGUUGUUUACGUUAAUGUCGAGCCGAAUCCCGGCGCGUGGGCAGCUUGACAAAGCGUCGUAAGUUGGCCAAGGAGAACCCUUGCAUUGAUUUGGUGAUGCCUUGCAAAGCAGUUCCGGCAUCAGCGGCUUGUGGUAUCUGUUUGAUACCAAUGACGGCCAAUCGUUUCCUAGCCGCAACGAAACAA